AUGUCCACAACACUAGACCAACAAAAACAGGCCGCAUACACCCUCCUCUCUGGUAUGCUCACAAGCGUCCUACAAAAAGAGUGGAAAAUAACAGACCGCUAUUCGGCACAGUCGUCCGCCCUCCUCGACAUACUACUCCUCCCCAAGCCAGCCCCAGCCCCAACCCCAGCUCCCAUCGCCCCCAUCAAGAUCCAGAAACAAAGCAUCUUCCGCCUAGGCAACAGGACAUUCGACCUCGGCCCCGAACACGACUCCUCCGCCAGUUCCUCCGACGAUGAUGGUGACGCUCCGAUCCGGAAUGCGCGUCAGCUUAAGAGCGAGAUGCGUAGGGUUAAUGCGAUUCAGAGGAGGGCGGGAAGGAGGGCGGAGAGGGGGAGGAGGAGGAUUGAGAGGCAUCUUGGGAAGAUGGAGGGGGUACUGGAGUUUGAGACGGAGACGAAGAUUUUGGAGACUACGAAGAGGGGGGCGGAAGCCCCAGGGAGGUUGUUGAGGGAGCUGGAGGACUACAAUAGUCCUGCGAGGGGGAGUCUGCUUAGCGAUAAGUCCAUGUCGCCUCGAAGUGCUGAGUUCAGUUCGACGGCUAGUGAGGGCAACCAGGAGGUUGCCGACUACGACGGUAUCAACAGCCCAAUGUCGGAACCCGUACUAGCACCCAGGCGACUACAGCGCUCGGGGCCGCACAUCAAGUAUGUCAAGCCGGCAUCUAGCCAGCGACGCGGCCUUGCUCAAAAGGAUUACCUAGGGCGACCACAGCGCCACUGCAGCGACUGCGACCGUACGUUACUGGCCUCCCACUGGACAUGCCACGUCAAAGGCCGAAUGCAUCAAGACAAUGCAGCUCGGGACAAGCAAUCCCCUCCUGUGCAGGGCACCAAGACUAGACAAGAGUAUAUGCGCGGCUUGAAGCAGUAUUGCGUGUACUGUGACCGUCAGGUCCAUUCGAGGGGCUGGGGCGGCCAUUUGAAGGCGCGAGCGCAUUGGGAGAAUGUGGCGAAGGCCAAAGCGGAUGAGGAGGACAUCCACCUUCAUGCCCCGACACCAGAGUCUGUGGUCACGUCCGUGGAAGGGGAAGAGCAGAAAGAAGAAGAGGAGGAGGAGUAUGAGGAUGACGGCUUCGGCGAAGAAGGAUACGAAUAUGGUCACUAUUGCGAUGACUGCGAGGUCACGUUCGCUGGUGCGAACUGGGCGCGGCACUUGACUUCGGCAGGCCACGUGUUUAACGUCAUUAAAAACUCUCCGGGGGAUGAGGAUAUGACGUCCGAUGACGAUGAGGAGGAGGAGGAAGAGGAGGAGAGCAUGGCAGACUAUGAUUCUGCCACUGAUGGGGAGAGCAUCGUGUAUGAUGAUGCCACGGAUGAGGAUUCUGCGUCACCAUCGCCCUCGCCAUCAUCUUCAUCCUCACCUUCGCCCUCCUCCGCCAUUUUCAAUGAGGGAAUCACAUUCCCGCACGACGGCACACCGGUUGCGGAACUCGCAUCGACCCCUUCCCUCACAUCUUCGCCCAACUCCCCCGCUUCCCUCGCUUCCUCGCCUCCUUCCACUCCCGCUAGUGCUGAGUUCACUUCGGGAGUGAACUUCUACUGCGAGACCUGCAGGGUCACCAUCUUGUCUGCAGACCCUUGGGAGAUCGAUGAGCAUGUGGCUGAUCACGCAUAUGCAGCUUGCGAGAAGGAAGAGGUGGUGGGGAUGGAUUGGUUGAGUCAGCUGAGGGAGGCUGCUGGGUGGGUGAAGGAUGUGGAGGUGGAGGUGGAGGGUAUGGAGGGGGUAGAGGAAGUGGAGCAGGGUGGCAUGGAAUGCGAAUACAAUGGGUGGGCAUGGAGAACGGGAUUGGAUGGUAAGCUGCUUGGGAGUAUACGGCGUAGUCCGUCUUGUUAG